CGGCUCGAUAGGCGGGCGGGGCGGCGCUGACGUCACUCACGGCCCCCUCCCCAGCAGAGGGGCGGUGGCCGUGCUGGCUACUCCGAGCGCAUUGACGGACAGAGGGACAGAGAGACGGAGUACCGGCAGGCACACGUCCAGGCCAUGCCCGGAGAGGCUGCGGGCGCUGAGCUGCCACUGCCUGAGGCAGGAGGGCCUGGAUCCCGCACAGAUCUCUCAUGUGAUGCAACCAUCCUGAAAGGGGACCAACAGGAGCCCCACACCCUGACCCCAGGGGAUCCUCUACCCCUCACAUUCCUGUCCAGCAAGCCAGGUGCCCGGCCCCAACCUGAGGGGGCCAGCUGGGAUGCAGGGCCCGGUGGGGCCGUCUCAACCUGGGUGGACCCAGCAGAGGGCAGCCCAAGCCCAGUGGUCCUCCCUGAGGGCCUGCCUCUCCAGCCUCUGCCUGCUGAAGUCCCUCUCCCCACCACCCUGGAGCCCCGCAUCGUGAUGGGUGAGGAGACAUGCCAGGUCGUCCCUUCACCCGGGGCAGCCUGGCCAGUGCUCAGGGACCGGGAGGGUGGGCACAUUGCCCUGCACCCACCUCCGGAGCCGUGUUCUCAGGGUGAUCCUCCUGUGCCUUCCCCUCCCCCUGACCUCGAUUCUUACUUCACACCCCCCUCCACCCCCACCAAGACCACCUAUGCCCUGCUUCCUGACCACGGGCCCCACAGGGAUGCCUGGGACCUGGAGGCCAAGCUGCUGGAUGAGUUACUGGACUCAACGCCAGCUUCCCCCUCAGGCUCCUACAUCACAGCAGAUGGGGACAGCUGGGCUUCAUCACCGUCCUGUUCCCUCAGCCUGCUGGCCUCAGCUGAAGGGCUGGACUUUCCCUCCGACUGGGGCCUCUCCCCAUCAGGGUCAGUGGUAGAGGAACUAGAGCCACAGCCCACAGCACCUCCAGAGGCCCCGUCCUCGGACUCUAGUCUCUCAGCAGAUAGCAGCUCUUCCUGGAGCCAAGAGGGCCAUUUCUUUGACCCGAACUUCCUGGCCAACGACCCGAUGAUCCCUGCCGCCCUACUACCCUUCCGGGGUAGCCUCAUCUUCCAGGUGGAGGCCGUGGAGGUGACACCACUGUCCCAAGAGGAGGAGGAUGAAGAAGUAGCUGCUGAUGCUGCAAGCCCGGAUGGAGACCUGGCUGGAGAGGGUGGGGAUGACAGCACAUCCGCCUCCUUCCUACAAUCCCUGUCCGACCUGUCCAUCAUCGACGGCGUGGAUGAGGCCUUCGCCUUCCGGGAUGAUACCUCGGCACCCUCCUCUGACUCGGACUCGGCUUCCUAUGCAGGGGCAGAUGAUGACAGGCUGUACAGUGGGGAGCCCCAUGCCCAGCCCAGUGCUCAGAAUGCAGAGCAGGAACACAGAGGCAGGGCCACAUUUCAGGGGACAGAGUUCACACCUCAGAUACCAGAGCAAGAAAUCUGUCUUACCAGUAGCCAGGAAUCAAUUGCAGAAAUAGCAGAAGAGGCCCCAACUUUAGGCAUGGAGUCUGAGGCUAUGGUGACCCCUCCUGAUCUGCAAGCCACUCCAGACCCCCAGGUGGAGGAAGCUACCACAGUGAGCCCUUGGGUGGGGAAUGAAGAGGCUGAUUCAGUCACUCAACAAGCACCCAGGGCUCUGCCUCAGCCCUGCCUGAAGGGGAUAGGCACUGACUUAGGCUGUAUGUCUGUCACUGCAGAGGCAAUUCUAGAUCUGCAGGAAAAAGCAAGCCCCACCUUGUGUCCAGUCCUUCCUGAUAAUUUGAAGGAAGGAGGCCAGGAACUUCCCUCCACACUGGAGUUUGCGGCUGUGGCUUCAGUGGGGUCCCAGAAGGCCGAGGGAGGUGUCAUACUACCCCAGGACUCCCUUAUGACAUUACCCCCACUUUUGCAAGGUACAGAGCCCACAGCAGGUCCAGAGUCUGUGGCUGUAGUUGCACUGGGGCCUCAGCAGGAUGAGAGGUGUGAUGUAGCACUCCAGGAUGUCCCUGUGGCAUCUUCUCCACCUCAGCAAAGUAGAGAUCCAACCACAGGUCCAGAGUCUAGGUCCGUGGCUACAGCUGGGUUCCAGCAGGCUAAGGAAGGUAUCACAGAACCCCAGGCCUCCCCCGUGGCAUCAUCCCCAUGCCCUCAGGGUUCAGAUCCCACCUCAGACCCAGACUCUGAGGCUGUGGUCACACUGAGGUCUCAGCAGGAUGAAGGGAUUGCCACGGUACCCCAGGAGUCUCCAAUGAUGUCAUCCCCACCCCUGCAGGGCUCAGAUCCCACCUCAGACCCAGACUCUGGGGCUGUGGUCACACUGAGGUCUCAGCAGGAUGAAGGGAUUGCCACGGUACCCCAGGAGUCUCCAAUGAUGUCAUCCCUACCCCUGCAGGGCUCAGAUCCCACCUCAGACCCAGACUCUGAGGUUGCUGCCACACUGGGACCACGGCCAGAUGAGAAGGGUGUUACCAUACCCCAGGUCGCCCCAAUACCAUCACCUUCACCCCUGCAAGGCUUAGAUUCAACCUCAGACCUAGAAUCUGUGGUUACAGCCACAAUGGAGUCCGAGCAGGCUGAAGGAGAUCUCACGGCACCCCAGGACACCUCUGUGAUGACACCUCCACCUCUUCAAGGUACAGAUUCCACCUCAGACCCAGAGCUGAUAGCUCAAGACACCUCUCAGGCCCUGCAGAGAGAAGCAGGGACAGCCUUGGACACCCCGGAGACUAAGCCUUCAGCUUCCAAGGCCCAUCAGGAGUUAGGUAUGGCUGUAGGACCAGGGCCAGUGCCUGAGGAGCAGGAUACAGAACCCCCUCCACACUCAGCACUCCUAGCCUCAAACCAAGCCCAACAGAAUGGUUCAGGGCCAGCUGUAAAGGCUGACAACUCUGGGGCUCCAGGAGAAGAGCCAGGUCCCAUCAUGAGCACAAAGACCUCUGAGCCCGCAUCUUGCACAGGGGAGAAAGAAGCUGAGAACAUAGCUGCACUCAAAAAAGGAGCAUGUCUUGAAGCCCAUGAUGGGGUCAAGACCCGCUCACCUCAAAGAGAGGCUCCGGGAGCCAAGAACAAGCGGGGAAGAGGUCCCAAGCCACCAGGGCAGGGAAAUGGGUCCAAGUCAACAUCCCAAGGUGCCGGGGAGACUUUCAAGGCACAUUCUGCUGCAGGCUCUGAGGUCAGCCAGCCACAGCAGAGGAGUUCAGCUGGAGAGGGAAGGGGCCUGGGCAGCAAGGACACCUCAGGCCCCAGGCUUCCUGUGGCUAUAUCUGUACAAGCCAGGCUAGACUCCUGCCCAGGGUCCCCAGCAAGGGCCACCUGCACACUGAGCAGGGUGUACUCUGAGGAGACAGCCAGGUGUGCGCCACCCUUCCAGCACCUGGAGCCUACGGUGGGCCUGGGCAAUGCAGGACAGCCUCAGGUGACGCCCGGCAUCCUUAACCCCUCCCCGGCACACUCUGCCAAUGACCUGCCCACCACACCCCAGAACAGGCUCCUGGACCCUGACCCUUCUGCUCCCAGUGCCCUCGAAAGAACAUCCCAGCCAUCCCCGGGCCCCCCAGCCCCCUGUCUGUGCCCCACUCCUCAGAAAGCCUCUGUGGAAGAGGAGGAGCCCCCAGCCUCUCGCGGUCUGACGCCUCAGGCAGGAGCCCAGGGAGCUGCUGCCGUUACCUCAGGAUCCACAAAGCCUCUGGGGGCCCGGCAGCGUGUCAGCCUCUCACCUCACUCCACCCUCAACCCCAAAGUGACCCCCACAGAUGCCAAAGACCUGGCUUGCGUCAUCUCAAGCCCCAGCCAAGUGCCUCCUCCCUCUGGGACCCAGAACCCAUCUGGCCCUCGAGGGUCCCCAGUCCAUGAACAAGAGGAUGAGGACAGCCUGGAGGAAGACUCACAGAGGGCCCCAGGCUCUGGCCAGCAUUCAGAUAGCCACGGGGAGUCGUCUGCUGAGCUGGAUGAGCAGGAUAUCUCACCUCUGAAAGCCCAGUGUCCCGCACAGGGCCCAGCAGGUAGCAAUGAGGAGACCAUUGCCAAAGCCAAGCAAAGCCGAAGUGAGAAGAAGGCUCGAAAGGCAAUGUCGAAACUGGGCUUGCGGCAGAUUCAGGGAGUCACCAGAAUCACCAUCCAGAAGUCCAAGAACAUCUUGUUUGUUAUUGCCAAGCCAGAUGUCUUCAAGAGCCCCGCCUCAGACACCUAUGUGGUCUUUGGUGAGGCCAAGAUCGAGGACCUGUCCCAGCAAGUACACAAAGCUGCGGCAGAGAAGUUCAAGGUGGCCUCGGAAUCGUCAGCCCUGGUCUCUGAGUUGGCACCUGGACCCCGGGUGAGGACAGAGUGCGAGGAGCAGGAGGAGGAAGACGAGGAGGUGGAGGAUGCUGGACUAGAACCUCGUGACAUUGAACUGGUGAUGGCCCAGGCCAAUGUGUCCAGGGCAAAGGCUGUGCGGGCCCUGAAGGACAACCACAGUGACAUUGUCAAUGCCAUCAUGGAACUGACAAUGUAGCUGCUGACUGGAAGCUGGGGCCACUCUGCCUCUCCCUAUCUCUGCAGCCCAAUAAAUCAGUGUCACAUCAUCA